ACGCCGCGGAGCUAAAUUAUACACAGGCGACUCACGACGGGCACAACAACUUAAAACCGCUCCAUCCACACUAAUCGCGCCGGCUUCUCCGCCGGAGUCGUCGUUCACGCCUCACUAGUAAGUGUUUUGCACUGCGAACGACCUGAGGUGUCUCUCGUCUACUGGCUUGAUCCGUUGGAAACUGGGAUUCGAUCCUUGAGUGAGAAAGUGGCACCGUUUGAAGUCGACGAGGUCCUGAAAAAGUGAUUUUUGGGCAAAUUCUGAUGCGAAGAGCCCGAAAUGAACCCUUAAAGUGACCAUCUGGCGUUCCUCGCGACGACUGCGUCGUCAUGACCUGCGCUGAACAGCGCGCGCGUAUCUUCAAGGCUGUGAACCCGCGUCCGUUGGUACAAAGUUGUCUCGCAAUGGACUCAAGAUGCUGUGAUGCUUAAAGUAGUUGUUUCGUUCGUACCAGUACUAGGUGCCAGUUAGGGUGUAAGGAAGUACAUGCUAGAAGGUCGCGCGUCUGUUUCUGGUUUGCAACUGCAGUGUCUCGGGGCGAGUUCAACGAAGGAGAUCAAACGCAAUGUCCUUCCUGCGCAACAUUCGCAACAAUCUGACCGGGUCAGAUCGCUCCACGGUCCGUACGCCCAGCAAACCCGUCAAACCGGCCCGCUCCUCGCUGGGAUCGACGCUGAACCGCAACGGCGAGUCGGACUAUGGAACCACCACGACCCGCCGGAACAGUGGCGUCAACGGAAACCGCCGCAGUAGCACCGCGGCGACGUCAACGCUACGCCGCGAGGACAAGUACGGCAAGGAGAACCCGGCGCCGAUCAUCGUGUACGUGGACAAGUACGAGACGGUGAAGAAGCCGGCGGGGAUCCUGAGGAACAACACGUUUACCAAGGGUGACCGGGAGCAGGCUGGGAGGCGGCAGUCUGCCGCGAUAACGAGGAGUGAUACGUUUACGAUUCAGGAGUCGGAGGACGAGAAGCAGAAGACGAGCACCUACACGAGGAAGAAGAAGGGGAAGGAUAAAUCUCAGGAGAAUCUGUACGAAUCUAGGGAAAACGACCAGGAAGAUCCGGAGAAGCUUCCGGUGGUGUUUGACUCCCGUACGUAUCGCAAGAAGUCGCUCAAGUCUUCGAAGCCGGUGCAGAAGGUGGAGAGCUUCAUCAAGCGCGUUGAGAAGAGUUUGUUCAAGCACGAUUCCAAGAAAAACGGUCGUAAGGAUUCCAACUCGUCGGAAGGUUCUUACGUGCCCAAGUUCCGAGAUAUCGGCAUCAACUGCAAGCUGGACGAUGAAGAUCGGAUGCGGACUACCCGGAAGAAGCGAGGUUCAAGGGAUUCGCUGCUGGACACCACGAAUCUGGAGCACAGCUCCUCAUCACAACGGAGUUACAGGGAACGGAGUACGACUCCACAGGUCAAACCGCGAGAUCGAAGUACUUCUCCGACAAAGAGGUACGCCACCUUCGAUCGCAAGGAGACUCGAUUCGAGCGGGAUUCAUCUCCGGUGCCACCGGAGAAGCCCAAACGAACCCACGGACGAGAACGCAGCAUAUCUCCGUUCGAAACGCUGGAGCUCAAGUCAAAGUCCGUGGACAACAGCUAUCUCAAGGCACGCCAGAAGGAGAUCGAAAUGGGUUACAGUCAGGUAAACAAAAAACCAUCCCUAACCUCAACUCCCGACCGAAACAAGUCAAUCCUGGUGAACACAACCCGGUCCGAGCGGUACGAUCCGGAUCGCAACCGAAACUACACAACCGUCACGACGACUACCCAUCGCGUAGAGUUCGAUCGCUCCUCCGCUCCCUUCCGAGCGGACACCUACAACACCCUCCGCGAAGAGUACGAGCAAGCUAACCGCAAACCCGUCGGCAUCGCCAGUCCCCGGCUCAACUCGGACCGCCCCAGGGAACGAUCCGCGUCCCCUACCAAGCAGACCCGCAAAGACUCCGCCGAACUGCCCAAGUACACGUUCGGGACGAAUCUCCAGGAGCGGCGCAGCCGCUUCCAGGAGUUCCAAAAGUCGUUCAAAAAGAUGGACGGCGACGAGGUCCAAGUGCAGCAGAGCUUCUUCGUGCCAAUCUAACGCCGUCUAACAUAUCUCAAGACUUUCCGCUAAUCCGAUACGCUUCCCCGUAGAGUACUAAGUCGAACACUAAUUAAGAUAGAGAGAGAGAGAGAGAAUCUUCCGAAAUAAAAGAUUAAUGAUGCUGCCGCAAGCUGCAACCCG